AUGGAAUUGACAGCUGAAAAGUUGGCUCAGGGCAUGACGACUGAGCAGUACAUCGAAUCGAUCAAGGUCAACAAGGAUCCAUUUAUUCAGAUACACGCCGGUACCGAGAUUCCCGCUGCGGUGCUCGACUACUUCAAUGGUCUGGAAAAACCGGUGCGCCUGGCCGUGUUCACCUCUGACUGGUGCGGCGAUGCCAUGUCGACCACGCCGGCCGUGCUGCGGCUGGCCGAUGCUUCGGACAACAUCCAGCUUAGCGUAUUCAACCGCGACGACGAGCUGGAAUUGUCCAACAGCUUCCUGCCGGAGCACCGGGCCGGUACUGUUCCGGUUUUCGUGGUGCUCGAUGAAGAGAUGGGUCAGAUCGCCAGGUUCAUCGAGACCGCCCGCUCGCUGGUGCCCGCCAUCGAUGCCAUGGAUGCCAUGGUUGCCCAGGCGGCGGCAUCGGUCAGCGACGAAGCGGAGGGCCGGAGGGAAGCCCGCGGGCGGCGCACUGCCUACCGGGUCAACAAGGCGAAAGAAUGGGGUGCGGUCAUUCUGGGCGAGUUCCAGCAGGUAGUAGCAGACGGCAUGGCCCUGCCGGCGGCGGAACGUCCCUCCGAGGGUGGCACUCAAUGGCCGCCGCAAGACUAG